GUUCAUGGUGUAUUGUCCUUAUAGUGUACUGUUGGAUUCAAUUUACCAGUAUUUUGUUGAGGAUUGUUGGUGAGUUUUGGUCAAGGUCCUGAUGCAAUCUGAUCCCCAGUUUUGAGCACUCACUCUGGGGCAACAUGGACUUUGGGGGUGCGGCUUGGAGGUAGGGGACCCGUGAGCAGCUUGGUGGCACUUGACCUGCGGUGUUGCUGCCAUUGGUGGAGAGCAGCAGCUUCAGGGUCUGUGGGGUGUUUGGACUUUAGUAGUUGGAUGUUAGAUGGAGGGGAGGGAGGGAAAGGAAGUGCUCCUUCAGCCCUGGGCCAGCCCAGCCUCGGGUCCUAGGGCCCCAAGCCUGCCCCCUGUCCCUAUCCCUGGAACCCAGCUCCUCUUGGCUCUUCCCACUACUAUUUUCUGGCCAGAUCACUUUGUGAGCUCCAGGUGCCCAACUGGAACCUGCUACCUCAGAGCCAGGGUUGCCCCUGGGGGAGGGGCGUUUGCCCGUUGCCAGGCGCUCAGGUUCCGGCCCCUGGCACUUGCCGCAGCCAUGCUUCAGGGACCAUCCUUCCUGCCAUUGUUGCUCCUCCUUGCGAUGCCUGCCCUUGCCCCUGCCUGGUCGCGGCCCCUCUGGUACCAGGUGGGGCUGGACUUGCAGCCUUGGGGGUGUCAGCCGGACAGCCUGGAGGGUUGCAAGGGUGCCCUGGGCUGCCCUAACUAUUGGGUGGGCCUGGGCAUGGGAGACCACAUCUACCCUGUAGCUGGAGUCACGCUCACCACCACCAUGAUGCUGGUGAUCAGCCGUGCGAUGAGGCAGCGGCGGCGUUCUCUGGCCAAGAGUGAGCAACUGCAGAUGACCACUGACCCCUGUAGACCCUGGAAGCGGCGGGCCCCGCUCUCAGACCGCACCCUACUCCUCGGGGUUCUGCACAUGCUAGAUGCCCUCUUGGUCCAUAUCGAGGGCCACCUGCAGCGUCUAGCCACCCAGCAGCAAAUAAAAGGAACUCCCGCCUAG